GUCACAGCAUUUAAAGGGGUCGCCUCAACCCGGGGGUUCGAAUGUGAACAAUGAAAUGAAACAGUGAAAAUGCGUUCGCUAGAAAUCCGAGCGCUUUAGAAAUAGUUUAACUGCAUCUGAGCGAGUAUCGCGGAAGAGCCUCAGACCAGCGGUCUGAGGAGGCCGGACAGCAGGUGACGUUGGUGAUGGACAUGGACUUGCUCAACCUGCUCCUGGUUGCAGGGGGGACACUGGCCCUCCCCAUUCUAGCCUUUGCGGCCUCCUUCUUCUUCUGGCCCUCUGCCCUCAUUAAGGUCUACUACUGGUACUGGAGGCGGACGCUGGGGAUGCAAGUGCGGUAUGCUGACUGCGGGGGUUACCGCUUCUGUUACUCCGUCCGGGGCAAGCCGGGGACACGCCCCUCCGUCCUCCUGCUGCACGGAUUCUCCGCCCACAAGGACUUGUGGCUGUCUGUGGUCAAGUUCCUCCCAAAACACCUGCACCUGCUGUGUGUGGACAUGCCCGGGCACGGGGGCACGACCCGCACCUGCACCGAUGACUACUCUAUCCAGGGCCAGGUGCGCAGGCUACACCAGUUUGUUGAGAGCAUUCGCUUGAAUAAGAAGCCUUUCCACCUGGUGGGCAGCUCCAUGGGGGGUAGUGUGGCAGGGGUGUACGCUGCCUGUUACCCCACCCACAUCUUCGGCCUCACACUCAUCUGCCCUGCAGGGCUGAGGUGUCCUGCUGAAAGCAGGUUUGUGAAGCAGCUGCAGGCUCUGCAGAGGGCGGGGGUGUCCCAGGGCAUCCCCCUCAUCCCCAGCACUCCACAAGAGAUGGACGACAUGCUCCAGCUCUGCUCCUACGUCCGCUUCAAGAUCCCUCAGCAGAUUCUCCAGGGCCUGGUGGAUGCGCGGCUUCCACACAAUGACUUCUACAGGGAAGUUUUUAUGAAGAUUGUUGGGGAGGACUCCAGACACUGCCUGCAUGAUCACAUGCACCAGAUCACUGCACCACUGCAGGUCAUCUGGGGAAAGCAGGAUCAGGUGAUGGAUGUGUCGGGCGCGGCUGUGCUGGUGGAGGCAGUCCCAGGCUGCCAGGUGGAGUUGCUGGAGAACUGCGGCCACUCUGUGGUGAUGGAGAGACCGCGCAAAACCGCCAAACUCAUCAUGGACUUCAUCUGUGCGCAGCAGGGCAUCGACAGCACCAGCAGCAAGAAGCUGUCCUGAGAGCAGUGGAGGGGGGUCUGGGGCAGGGGCUCAAAUGUGCUGCACAUUCCCUUAGUUUGUGAAUAACGAUUCUGUUUCUGAUUCUGUUCAUCUGGUCUCUCAGGGAGUUGUUUCUCUUUAGGAUGACAUGAACAAUAAAAGCCCUACACUAUGGCUAUGUAGCUUUCAGACA